AUGACAAUUGCCAAAUCAUCCAAAUCAUCCAAACCACACAAAAAAUCUAAAUCAUCGAAAGCUAAAAAAUUAUUUGAACCUACCAAGCCAAUUAACCCUCAAAAAUGUAGGUAUUUGUUUGAAAAGUUUAGUCAAUUGCUUAAGCAUAAUCAGGAGAACCCAAUAAAGUAUGGACCGUCCGCAGCCUUUGUGAAAAGAGUGACUACACCAAGAUGGAAAUUGCCACAGGCCACAAAAUUACUGGAUCUUAUGGAUUGGGAUCCAAAAGAUUAUAAACCACCACCACCACUUGACGAGGAUCCUGAUUUUGCACCUCGACACACUGGAGGAUUCAAUAAUGAAAAGAUUAAACCAAUUGAGGAAGAUACUGGUGUUACAAAUGAAGAAAGUUCAUCCGAUCUUGAAAAUAGUAAUUGUAAUGCUGAAAAACACAUUCCUAUAAUGUUUGACAAGGCUUCUUCGACUAUGGAUAUAGAGAGUGAUAAAACAGAAGAAGCAUGA